AAUGCAAUUUGAAGAUGAAGAAGAUGAGAAGUAAUGUAUAUUUUAAAUUUUAUAGUGUCAAAAAUAAUGAAGAAGAAAUAAAUCUUGAAGUAAAAUAUGGAUAACCUCCAAAUGAUGCCCUAUUGGCUAAGAAAUCAUUAUGGUCUGAAACUAACAAAUUAUAUGGACAUGGAUAUGCAAUUUCAGCUAUUGCUAUUCAUUAAAAUAUAGCUGCUUCAUCUUCUGUUGCCAUUACAUCUAAAGCAGCUGAAAUUAUUAUAUGGGAUACAAAUACAUUCAAAAUUAAAUAAUUAUUACCUUGUCAUAGUUACACUAUUGUUUAACUAAACUUUUCUAAGAGUGGCAAAUAUUUGAUUAGUGUUAGUAAAGACAGAUGUUUAGGAGUAUUUGUUAAAUAAGAUGAUAAUAACUAUUAAUUACUAUCUAAGUCAUAACCUUGUUCAAGAAUUAUAUAUACUUGUUCAUUCAAUAAUGAUGAAUCUCUAAUAUUUACUGGAAGUAGAGAUAAAAAAUUUAGAAUUUAUAAAACUACGGAAGCUUUGUUGCCAAUUAAAGAAAUAGAAUUUUCAGAUGAAAUAACUGCUAUAGAUUCUGUUUAUCUUGAUAACAAAUAAAUAGUAGCUGUAGCAUAUGGUUAAGGAUAACUUGAAAUAUUUAAGUUUACAUAAACUCUAGAGUUGAAUUUAUUAUCUAGUGUAGAUAAAUAUCAUUAACAUUCAAAAACAAUUAAUAGAAUUAAAUUUAAUAAUAAUUUGCUUGCUUCAUGUAGUGAUGAUCACACAGUCAGAAUAUAUUAAAUAUGA